AUGGGAGAAGGCGAAGGCCAAAUACUUGAGAGCCCAAUAUCGAAGGAUGAAAGGGUUCUUAAUUCAAAUUUGUCAUCAGCUACUCAACUCAAGCACAAUUUCUCUGCUCCAGCUUCAACUGCCAGAAUGAAGCCUUGUCCUCUAUCAGUCCAUAAUGUGUCAAAGAUUUGGCUUAAUGUCAAUAAUCAGAAUGCUGAGGAAUCAGAGAUUCUUACACCCCAAAAGAAACUCUUGAACUCAAUUGACACUGUAGAGAAAGCUGUGUUGGAGGAAUUACAGAAAAUGAAGAGGACUCCCACUGCCAAGAAAGCAGAAAGACAGAAGAAAGUCCGCACACUGAUGUCAUUGCGCUAA